GCUCCCCGCUCCCAGCGCACCUUCCCCGCCGCCCGCCCGCGCGCCCGCCGCGGCUGCCCCUUCCCGGGGUGCGAGUCCUCGUCGGGGCGGUCGGGGCGGCUUUUCAGCCAGGUCCCAUGUAGAACAAGACCCUGGGCGGGCGCUGUCCUGCUCUGGGGUCACUCCCCGUGCUGUGGCUCAGUCUCUCCUGAGCCACCCUCCUCUCCGCCCGCUCGCAUGCCCCUUUCUUCCCCCAGGACAGAGUAUCAGGCUUAGGGAUGUUGCCUUCCUCCGCCUGGUGACCUCAGCACCCCUUUCUGGCUCCCUUCCUAGGGCUGCGCCUCUGUCGACCCGGCCCGCAGUCGCCCGAGUGCUGCCUCUCACCUCGGGACGACCGGGCUUAGCGCCUCAGGGACCGCUGUAGAUCCACCUCUCCCUGCUCUUUCAGUUUAAAUCUGGACCUCGCAGUUUAUUGUGUCUCCCAGACUGUCCUCUUCACUUUGUGUAUCUCAUCGUGCAACCACAACAUUUCCCACUCCUGAGUGGGUGGUUGCGCUUGGGUUCUAGGAAUCCCGGUUUUGAUGACACGUUUCCCUCACGGAAAGACGCCCCCUUUCCGUUUCUGUGUUGUUUUCACAAUCUGAGGGGAAAAGACUUCCAUUUUGGGGGCGAUGAGGGGAUCGUGGAGUUUCUGAGCAUUUUCACACGUGCAUGUAGGAAGUAUUGUCCCUUCUAUAGCCCGUCGUGGGGUCUCCUGUCUGGGUCCGGUGAACUAAAUCCAGUGAUCUAUGCAACUAUGCCGUGCUGCCUCUAAUACCCACUUUUUUUCUUCACAUGCUGAUAUUGAGGAUUCAU